AUGACCCUUAUUGAGACUCUCGACAUCACCCAGGCAAGCAUUUGUCAACUUCAAGAUGCCUUAUCAAACACCACAUUGACCAGUGUUGACCUGAUCGCACGCUUCCUCCACCGUAUCGGUAAACUCGACCACCGCGGCCCCUUGCUCAACUCCGUCUGUGUACUCAACCCCAGAGUCUUCGAAGAGGCGCAAGCAUCAGAUGACUACCGAGCCUCUGGGAAACCCCCACGGCCUUUGGAAGGAAUACCCUUCACCAUCAAGGACAGCUUCCAGGCCAAGGGACUCACUGUCGCGGCUGGCUCUCCAGCUUUCGAACAUCUCGUGGCAUCCUCUGACGCUGCGGUGGUUCAACGUCUCCGCAAUGCUGGCGCCGUCCUUAUCGGGAAAACCAACAUGCCUCCCAUGGCCGACGGCGGCAGCCAGAGAGGUCUUUACGGCAGGUCACUCAGCCCUUACAACCCAACAUACCUAUGUACAAGUUUCGCGUCAGGCUCGUCGUACGGAUCUGGCGUGGCCACCGCGGCAUCUUUUGCACCUAUUGGACUUGGUAGUGAAACCGUAUCUUCAGGCCGAGCGCCGGCUUCUCAUAACGCACUUGUGGGGUACUCGCCCUCGAGAGGUGUCGUUUCUUCUCGCGGGCUCUGGCCGCUGUAUCCGACAUGCGACGUCGUUGUGCCUCACACAAAAUCGGUUUCUGACAUGCUGUCCCUCCUCAAUGUCAUUGUGGCCGAUGAUGAGGAGCCAGUAGGCGACUUUUGGCGUGAGCAGACCGUGGUGCCUAUCCCAUUCGCAUCCGAUAUUCGUCCUCGGGACUAUCUUAGUCUCAUGGACCCUGACUCCCUGAAGGGUAGACGUAUCGCGGUACCCAAAUGCUACGUCGGUAAAAAGACAUCAUCUGGAUACUCGGUGGUCUUCACCGAAGCCACUGGCUUGCUUUGGGGACAAGCCCGAGCCGAACUGGAGAACCUCGGCGCAACAAUCACCGAGACCGACUUUCCCUUGAUCGAGAACUAUUCCGAGCAACAUUUCCCGGGACAAGCCGCCAAUGUGCCAGGGGUUCCAGAGACAUGGAUGGCUAUUGAACGAUGUCAGAUGAUUGCGACGGCAUGGGAUGACUUCCUCCGAUACAAUAGCGACCCGAACUGUCCUCGCUUAGACUGCGUCGAUACCCGGAAGAUCAACCCCGGAUUUGCCCCCAUGGACGAUCCAGCAGAGUUCACCGAACUACAAAACCACGUCCGAUACGCCGAGAUGAUUGACUUCAUUCGCAACCGACCAGACAAGAUCCACGACUUGCCCGGAUGCGCCGAAGCACUCGUUGCUCUUGAAGCUGCCCGGAAGCGAGACUUGGAAGACUGGAUGGAUCAGAACAGCUUCGAUGUCAUUGUUUUCCCCACUAAUGGCGAUGUCGGACGAGCUGACUCCGAGGAGAACCGUGAGUCGAUGCUGCACACGCUGCAAGACGGCGUGAAGUACUCCAACGGCAAUCGCGCGAUGAAGCAUCUCGGUGUUCCGGCGGUCACCGUACCAAUGGGUACGAUGUCCGACAAGAAGAUGCCUGUCGGCCUCACUUUUGCUGGAAAGGCUUGGUCCGACAAUGAUCUGCUUCGCUACGCCUUUGCGUUUGAAAACGCUACAAAACGCCGAGAAGUUCCCUCAAAUGCCCCUGCCCUGGAGACAGAUUUUGUGAAGCUUUCGAGAGGCUCAUUGCAGGGAAGCGUUGGCCCAGAUCUGGUGAUCACCGAUGUCUGCGUGGAAAAGUUCUCCGAGGAAGAUGAAGAAGUUCGAAGCGUCUCGAUACAAGGCUCUAUUCACCCAGGCGACACUUCUGCCAUCGUUGAGAGCAUAUUGGUUUACGUCAAUGGCGAUCUUUCAGCCCCAGUUACGUCGAAAGCGACCAAAUGGGCGUGGAACAGCAAGUUAAGGCGCAGGUUAGUCGCUGAGAAGUAUCCAGCUCCUAGUAAACUGCUCAGAGAUCAGUUCAUGGUGGUUGUCAUAGCGCAUGCCUCGAAUGGUCGGUCGAUGGGCCAGCUGAUCAUGCUCGAAUGA